AUGUUAUCUCUCUUCUGUAAUCAUUUUGUUGUCUUUAUUUACCAACCUACCUUCCUCUUUUGUCUUUUCUUUUCUUAUCUUUGCUUUUUCUUUCUAUUUCUUUUUUGUCUUUUUUAUCAAUUCUAUCUCUUGUCCUCUCUUUCGAUUUUGUCUUUUUCUUUUUUCUUUUCUUUCUCCUUUUCUUCGUUCCUAUAUUUUCGUGUUUGUCUUUAUCCCUUUUUUUCUAUUUCGCUUCUUUCAUUCAAUUUCCUUCUUAAACUUAAGAAACGUCAACCAUCCAAACCAUCAAUUCGCUCCUCCACCGAACCAACCAUCAGCCACCGCAAAUCCAAGAGUCCAUUCUUUUGUCCGUCUGACCAUUCAACCUCCUCCCUAUCCAUCCAUACAUCCAGCCCUCGUUCAUUCCCACUCUCUCUCCCUCUCUCUCCCUCUCCUCUCUCUCUCUCUCUCUCUAUGAUGUUGCAUCGGGACAUGGCGAUAAGAAAAGCGAUAAACGCUGAUAACAGCUUUAUCUGUCGAGGCGUGUCGAAACUCGGCCCUGAAUCGUCAGAAGAGGUACACUUAUUUUGUCUUCAUUUAAUUUACAUUUUCUUUACAUUUUCCUUUUUUCUUUUCGGCAUUCUUUCUUUUACAUUUUCUUUUUGCUUUCUUUUGCAUUUUCAUAUUUUUGAUUUUUCUUCUACUCUCUUUCUUUCUUUCUUUCUUUCUUUACCUUCUACAUUUUCUUUUACGUUUCUUUCUAUUUUCUUCUUCUUUACAGAUUUUUUCCUUUUUUCAUUUUUUAAUUUCCAUUUAAUUUUUUCUUUCUUUCAUUUUUACUUUCUUAUUUUUUCUUUCAUUCUUUCUUUAAUAUUUUCUUCUUAG